AUGGGUAAACCAGAGUUCAACAACUCGCGUGGAGGCGGCGGUGGAGGAGGAGGAGGCUUUAGAGGCCGUGGUGGUGGCGGCGGCGGUGGCCGUGGUGGCUUCGGUGGGCGUGGGGGUGGUCGCGGUGGCGGUGGCGGUAGAGGAGGAUUUGGGGGCGGAGGAGGUGGCAAGUUUGAGAAGAGAGGAGGCGGCGGAGGCAGAGGGUUUGGUGGACGAGGGGGUGGAGGAGGUAGAGGUCGUGGUGGUCCACCCAAGAGAGGCGGUUUCAAAGGAGGGAAACAAGUUUUCGUUGAACCCCAUAGACAUGCUGGUGUAUUUGUAGCAAGGGGAAAAGAAGAUGCUUUAGUUACAAAGAAUUUAGUACCUGGAUCGGAAGUAUAUGGGGAGAAAAGAAUAUCAGUUGAGGAAAACGGCGAAAAGAUUGAAUACAGAGUAUGGAAUCCGUUCAGGUCGAAAUUAGCCGCGGCGAUUAUGGGCGGUGUGGAUGGUAUACACAUUAGUCCCGGAAAGAGGGUUCUGUAUUUAGGGGCAGCAAGUGGAACCACAGUUAGUCACGUAUCAGAUUUAGUUGGACCGGAAGGUCUCGUAUACGCUGUAGAAUUUUCACAUAGAUCAGGAAGGGAUCUCAUUAAUGUCGCUAAGAAGAGAACAAACAUUAUUCCCAUUAUAGAAGACGCAAGACAUCCGCUUAAGUACAGAAUGUUAGUCGGCAUGGUGGACGUCAUAUUUGCGGAUGUGGCGCAGCCCGACCAAGCUAGAAUAGUUAGUCUUAAUGCACAACAUUUCUUGAAGAAUGGUGGACAUUUUGUUAUUUCUAUUAAGGCUUCCUGUAUAGACUCAACCGCACAACCAGAAGCAGUAUUUGCAGCGGAAGUGAAACGGCUAACUGCUGAGAAGUUAAAACCCCAAGAACAAAUUACACUGGAACCAUAUGAGAGGGAUCACGCAGUGGUCACUGGAAUUUUCAGACCUCCCCCAAAAGCAUAA